AUGUUCUUUGAUCGGAGUCCCCAUACUUCGUAUCUCUGGCUUGGAGGGAUCAUCACAGGCGCGCACAAGGACUUUUUACGGAGCACCUCCAGUCUCCUUGGUCUGAAUAGGAUUGGCCUUCACGCAGCUGCCUGGACUGGUACCCUUUUGUCCUUCAUCCAGGAGCCGGUGUCUCCGAUACAUCACGACGCAACUUCUAUCUCACGAGCUGAUGAUUGCCGACUGAUGUUUCUGACCCAAGAACUACGCCGAGAAUUUCCCCCAAUGUACCCGUAUCCUCCCUUGGGAGAAACGGACAUCAGAGGCGCCGAUCUUGGUGUUCAGCUUCACGCACAUUGUCCAGCCAAGCAUGACCUUCAGUUUCUGUCUGUCGCAUGGAAUUAUGUUGGGGGUAGGAAGGACAUACAAACAACAGGAUCCGUACCUGUAUUGUCCCAGGAUUACAUUGUUGACAGCUCGCAGGCUGAGGAUGAAGCAUAUGAAGUGGAUGCAUCAACGUUGCAAUCGACUGCCUCACGGAAUUCUCACGGUUCCAUUACCAUACAAGGCAGCCUCUGGAGUUAUCUUCCGCUUUGA